AUGCAGACUCAUGCAGUUGUGUCGAGUCAGAUGGAUCCAGUCAAAGUUAUCACGAGAUUGGGAGUCGAAGAUCGAGAGUUCGUAGCAACUGAAGAAGGUUAGCAUAAGAUACAUAAUGUACUUAUAAUGUAAAUAUUUACCCAUAUUUACCAUACCUUAACAUGGCUAGUACCUUAGUAUAUAUGCAUGAACUUGUGGUUGCAGCUCGAUAACUGGACUCUUUUAAUUUCCAUCUACAAAACCCUCCAACUAUAAUGUACUUAAUAAUAUUAAUAUACAUAAAACUAGACUAACUGUAUAAAUAAAGUUAGCUAAGAGUUUGGUUCAAUAUACUCUAUGGCGUUGCUACUGAUAUCUUGUUUUUAGAUCCCAGAUAUGUGUACCCAUUACUGGAUAAAUUCGCUGUGCAGUUGAUAUCACCGUUCAGCUGGGAGAUCAUUCCAAACACGAGGUAAAAUAGCCAAAUAAUCUAACGUGGUUUGUGUAUUAAUCUAAGUGUUGGUAAUCAUUCUCAAGUACUGUAGUUAAGAAACAAACUUUAGCAGUAUAUACUGUAGAAUACCGUGGACUGGACAGAAUACACUGGACCCACCGUUGAGGACCCACCCAGCGUGGAAUGCGAUCUUAUACCGGCUAUAAAUGUCUUUCUUUAUACUUGAUCAUUCAGAUUUGAACUGGAGGAUUACGAGCGAGUGACGACAAUGAAAAAUAUCACACUGAAGAGUGAAGAAACAGUCUCAGGGAUGAAAGGAUUUAUUGUUGUUGGUACGACAUAUGUUUAUGGCGAAGAUCUUCCCUGUAAAGGACGAGUAAGUUACACCAGGAGUUGCACAUCUUCACACCUGCACAGUCAGAUAUUUGAGGACUAUAUUUUUGUUGAUAUUUAUUGAGUUACACCUCUUAGCUACACCGUCAGAUGUUUGAUGACUAUAUUUUUCUUCAUAUUUAUUUCUUGAAAGGUUUUAUGCACUCUUGUAUACGAUUGAAAGUUCACUUGCUCGCGUGUACGGUGGAGACGAAACGUAUUUUGUAUUUGUUUUAUUUGAAAUUUCGUUGUAGAUUUUGAUAUUUGAUAUUAUUGAAGUCGUCCCAGAACCUGGACAACCGUUGACAAAAAACAAGUUCAAGGUAAUCAAUAGGUUCAUUAUAAUGUAAAGCCAGGAGAACGAGAAUUGAUGACAGACUGAGAGUUGCAACUCUUUCUCUCUCGCGUUUGACCGUCUUAGAGUUUUUGUUCGUUUUUCUGGUAAUAUCUAGCCAACUCUCAUCUACCAUACAACUCUUGUUCUCGUUUGAUCGGGACAUGAGAUUUGAUGAAACAUAUACAAACUCUCACCUGCCAAAUUUCAUUCACGUUUGACCGUAGCAAUUUUUCAUAUAUACACACAGUGCAAUGCAGUUUUCAAACCCCAUUCUGACACAUGACAGAGCUUUUGAAUUAUCUUUUUAGGCGUUGUAUCGGAAAGAACAAAAAGGGCCAGUAACAGCAAUUUGUGAAGUUGCAGGAUUUUUGUUGACCGCAAUCGGCCAAAAGGUAAAAAUUUUUGCCUCUUUUUACAAAAUAUCAAAUAUAUAUUAUAUAUUAUACGUGGCUGCAUUGGAUUCUACAUUUUCAAUUUUUUCGUUUUUUUCUUUAGAUUUACAUUUGGGAUUUUAAGAACUGUAAUGACCUGAUUGGAGUAGCAUUUAUCGACACCCAACUUUACAUCCAUACCGCAAUAACUGUGAAAAACCUGAUUCUUAUUGCUGAUAUCUCCAAGAGUGUCACGCUGCUACGUUUUCAGGUAAAAUGUCUGUGUUCGACUUGUUGAAAGUCUCAUGACUUUUCUGACUGUCAACUGAAUUGGAUUUACAGCAAGCAGCGCAUUGCACCUCGAUAAACAGAGUUUAUGUUAUUUUUGCAGGAGGAAACAAAAACGCUUGCCUUUGUGUCAAGGGUACGUAUGUACAGUAUAUUUUAGUUCAUCUGACACCUACGAUCUUGGACAAAACCCUUGAGACAGUUCCAGCCACCGUUCAAUGUUGUAAACACCCCCUCCCGUUCAAUGUUGUAAACAACGCCGAAACAACCUUUAGUAAUUUACCAUGACAUUGAGUUGGGGGAGCGGGGGCUUAAGAAGGGCAACAUGAUUCACCAUGGAGUUUGUCAUGAGGGGUAUGCGAAUUUUGAAUAGGGGGAGAAAUAGUCUCAACCAGUUAUGUCCAAGAUUGUAGAGAAUGUCUUGGAACUAUCACACAAUGCAAAGGAAUAAAAUAGUAUGUACAUGAAGUACUUUAUCAUGUGGUAUUUUUAUUGAAGGAUCCAAAUCCGUUAGAAGUGUACGGAACAGAAUUCUUUGUGGAUGGAUCACAGCUAGGAUUUCUGGGUAAGACGCACUCUAUCAGUUUCAUGACACUUUUAUUUAUUUAUUUAUUUAUUUACUUAAGACAUUUGCAACAAAGACGAGUUGACAGGAGACAAGCAAUAGGACACAUGGUCCCAGGUCCCUUACAAGGCUUGACUCCAACUCCUUUCAUUUGCUGUUUGUUACUGUCUGUUAUUUUAUACUUGUUCUUAUCUCAGUUUCAGAUAAUGAUAUGAACUUGGUUGUGUACCGUUACAAGCCUGAAGGUAAGCUCAGAGCGUGAAACGUAUUGGUGUGUUUAGCGUUCCGGGACCAGCAGAUGGUGGUCAACCUGAGGGUGAGGUUGUACCAGCCCUGGAAAACAUAGGAAUGAUACUCACGCCUGUAUUCUAAAAGCUCACUCACGCUCAAAGAGUGGAGGUUCAAUCUGAGCUUCUCUUGGAGGGUUAGUGUCAUACCUUACUAUGUGACUACUCACCCUCCAGCUAUUCAAAAACAGCAUACACACUCAAGGGAAACUCAGAUUGAACCUCCACUCUUUGAGUGUGAGUGAGCUUUUAGAAUACAGGCGCAAGGCUUUCAUUAAAAAUUUCAAUUUGCUCUAACUUUAUUUGGUUUAGAAAGCUUGAAAAAAUCACUAUCCAGUGGAUAACGCUCCCCAGCUUUCGUACAACUGACCGCCAGAAAUAAUAACAAUACAGUCGAAGCAAGCAAACUAAACUGCUACAAAAUGAACCGGAUAGUCUGAUGUGUUUUUUACAUUAAACUCUUCUUCUUAAUAUUUUGUUUUCUUUUUCGAAACAGAUCCAGCAAGCAUAGGUGGUCAAAAACUUUUGCACACCGCUGACAUUAACAUCAGCAGCUGUGUGACGUCAUUUUUCAGAUGUCGCGUCAGAUCAGAAAAGACUGGUACGGACAAACCAAAGGACUUAAGACAGGCAUCGUGGUUUGGUAAGGAAAUCUCGAGAAUAAGUUGUAUAUUUUGCCCAUGUUACGUGUUCUGGUUUAGAAACUGAACUAACUUUUAAUAUACUGGAUAGCUCUAUCAGUUCUAAACUCUUCUCACAACAGUUGAGAGUCACACCUAGAGUCAAACUCUUAGUUUGAUAGUUUAUUUGACACUAAACUUACAGCUCCAGAAUAUAUCUAAUUCCACUGCUGAAAUAUGUUAGAUUUACAAAGAUAUUAAGAAAGAUAAACUAACUUUUACAAGUAUUUUGCUUAUGAAAAUGAAUAAGAUUAGAUUGAAAAUACACAUUCACAUACACAUAUGCGCAGAGUCGCAGGCUUAUAAUUUGUUACUAAAACACUCACUGGUGCUAUAAUUUAAAUUAGGUUAAAAAACCAGCAUAUUCGUGGUAAAAACAGUUUCUAAGUUAUUCAGAAAACUUAUUAGAGUUAUAAGUGAUAAAACUGUUCAUAAAUCUGUUCGUUUUAUGAAGUGGCACGUUAAAUUUCCUAGUUUUACGCAAAAAGUGGCUAUUGUCUUUAUUUAAUGGCGAUAACAAAUCUUCUCCCUUCGUCACAUGACACUGAAGCCUUAAGGCCCGCAAUUUUCGCUGCGAUUUCUAAUGAGAACAAGAGUUGCAUGAGACUGGAAAUUUCUGCGCAAGUAGCGUAAAUUAUCCUCAUUUGGCUGGAGCUUAAGGCGAAAUUAGAAUAAUUUCAUAGAUUUGGACAACUGUUUAAUAUAUUUAUAUGGUUACAUUAUAUAGGAACGCUUGAAGGUGGUGUAGGUCUAGUUCUGCCUGUGCCUGAGAAAACAUUCCGACGUCUACAUAUGGUUCAAAAUAUGUUAAUACAUUGUAUUCCACACUACGCUGGCCUCAAUCCUAAAGCAUUCAGGUAGUGCAUCAUCGUUAUUUAUAAAGUUGAAUUGACUGUUUUUCCUCAAAUAAUUUUCCGACCAUCUUCUCCCUACAGACUUCUUCGUUGGAAACAUCGUCCACUUGACAACCCACAGCAUCACAUACUGGAUUUUGAAUUGCUGAGUAAAUUCGUUCACCUUGGCGCUGUGGAACGGCUAGAGGUAACCCGCAAAGUUGGCGUCUCACCCGCACAGGUAUGAAUACAAUUUGCCUGCUUUCAGGGCGUGUGAGCAUAUGUGUAUGAAGAUGUGCGAGUCACACUGAAUAACAUUGAUUAAAACCUGACCCUAAAACAACCCUGAAUCCUGAAACAAUCCUGAACCCUAAACAUGGCUGAAGUGUUUAAAAAGGGUUCAGCGUUGUUUUAGGGUCAAGCUGUAGUCAAUGUUCUUUUCCCUUUCACUUGCAUAUUUAAUGUGUUGAGGACAUGAAAUUAUAGUAGAAUCUUCAUUCCCUGCAUGGUUUACGCUAUCCAGUUUAUACUUCGCGAUCAGUGAGUGAAAUAUGGUCUGUAUUUCUGACAUAGAUUUUGGAUGAUCUGAUGGAGAUUGAAACGGCGACGUCACAUUUUUAGUUGUGUAUAAGGUACUCAAGUUAGCAAACGUAAAUUGUCCUUCCCAGCUCACAUGUAAAUAGACACGGGGUGACCAUGUAUAUACUGGGCACUUGAAAGUGACGUCACAACACGUAUUUGUUGACUUCCUAAAUUUUGGGUGGCAAGUUAACAAUUGUGAAUUAAAAGCAAACUUAGCGUCAAAGCAAGCAAGACUCAACUGACUUGAGCACUUUGAAGAGUUUCAGUUGAAUUAAAAGAUUUUUGCCACCCAAAAUGGUGGAUAAUUUUUUUAUGAUACGUGAUACCAUAAGCACGCCUGAAGUCCCUUCUUAUUGGAGGUCCCUACAGGAACUCUUCUACUUAUUCUAUUUUAUUGCUACAUCACCUUCAUGUGGUGCAGAUAGGCGGUAUGGAACCAUUGAGCUCUAUAUAUACUGGAGCGAGAACUCGAGUCCAAAAAGUGAAGUCAGCUUUGUGUCAACCGCGCAGACAAAAACAAUAGAAAGGGACUGGAACUGACGUCCAAUAACCCUUCAAUUUCCGCCAUCUUGCCAAAGAGUGUGUUGAAAUUUCGUUCUUUGAUAUCGAUUUAAAGAAUAACACUAUUGUUUUAUGCACUGAUAACUUGGUUAGCGAUACGGUCCGUUAGAAAAAAACUGCAAUUAGCUGAGGAAAAAUGGUAUAAAAACUGUUCACGAUCUUCAUAGCUAUAGGACGUCAAUGGCCGCCAUCUUGACUUCACUUUUCUCAUAGACCGAAUGACUGAAGUUCUUACUCCAGAUAUAUAUAGAGAGAUCCCUGUAUGGAACUCGUACCCGAGUAAUCUCUGAACACAUGCACACGCUAUCAAAAACACUCCAUCAAAUACGGUAAACUGUAAGAACGUGAGGCAGGAAUAACAAUAAUUUACACCGUAGAAGAAACAGUGUUUUAUUAUAACACAUUGUCAUAAAAUCUUCCCUAUUAUACAUUGCAAAAUUUACCAAUCCAUUGUGCAAUAAGCUGACGUGGUUUGCAUUUGAACUACCUUUGCGCGAACGCCGUUCGUCAGGCUGGUAGUGGCUACAAUAAAUAUCCUGACACUCAAGUUAGCGCAAAAGGUUGAAGUGUUUAUAUCGUUCAGGCAGACCAGACACAAACCGCGGCAGCUCAAAGUUUAUAUACUCCAGUUUGUGUGACAUUAAAUUUGUCCGAUGCUAAAGUACAGUACAAGCUCUUAAAAGAAAACCUGUCACGUUUUAGGGGGAGUUACUAUUUUUAGACUUUUGUAAUUUCAUAUUCUUUUGUAUUUUAAACUUAACCCGGAAUCCUAAACCUAACCCUUACUCUAAUCUUAAUCCUAACCCUUUCCCUAAUCCAAACCCUAAUCCUAAAAGUCUAAAAAUAGUAACUCCCCCUAAAACGUGACUCAUAUGAGUUGUGGGCACUUAAGGGGUACAAUCAGAUAGCCAACUUAACUAGAGGGACAGUAACCAUUUAUCCAUCAUCAUUCUUCGACAUCCGUAAUUGUUCACUGUAUCCAUUUCUACCGACGCAAGAGUACCACCGAUAUUGCAGCUGUUCCAACAAGUAGCGAGAACAACAAAGGUAACUGCCACGUACGCACUGCGUGCCUAUUUUUUCUACUCCUUUGCCAUUCCAAAGGAAGACUUACGGCUCCGGUGACAACUUUCAUUAAAACUUUUGCGCCUUCGUUGACAUUCUCAUUGUCUAAUAAGGUCGGAAUUUCAUUUCCGCACCAAGCUAUGUAAAGAUCUGGACGAAUCAACACAAAGUCCUAAAUAAAUGUAGUAGGGAGUUAAGGCCAUGUUACACGGUGCAAUUUUUCUUGCAACUUGCAAUGUAAUUACAUUGAGAGAUGUAAAAUUGCCAAAUACGAGUCUUCAUUACAC